CUGCUCGGCUCAGCACUGAGCCGUGAAAAACAAAAUCAGAAAUCUGAUUAAAAGCAGAAUUGAAAGUAGAGCUAUGGGGGAAGGGGAACAGACUGAGUAGAAAACGAAAGCUGCUCUGUCAUUAUUGCUGUCACCGCUAUGGAUGAAGAUGACCCAGCUGAGAGCUUCCAGGAUGAGGCUUCCUGCUCCCUCUGCUUGGGCUUCUUCCAAGAUCCCGUCUCCAUCCACUGCGGGCACAACUUCUGCAGGGCGUGCAUCACCCGUUGCUGGGAGGAAGAGGAGGAAACCUUCCCCUGCCCUCGCUGCAAGGCGACGGCCACGCAGCCAAACCUGCGACCCAACCGUGAGCUGGCCAAGAUCAUCGAGAUUGCCAAAAGGCUGAGCCUGAGGGCCCCCAACGCUGGGGAGAGGCUUUGUGAGAGGCACCGGGAGGUCCUGAAGCUGUUCUGUGAGGAGGACCAGGCUCCCAUCUGCCUGGUGUGCAGGGAGUCCCAGGCGCACCGCCUACACGCCGCCGUCCCCAUCGAGGAGGCGGUGGAGGAGCAGAAGGAGAAAAUCCAGGCUCACAUGCAGAUCCUGAAGGAAAAGAAGGAAAAACUGCAGGGGCUGAAGGAGGCUGAAGAAGGGAAAAGCCUGGAAUUCCUCGAGAAGGUCCAGCAGGAGAGGCAGAAGGUGGUGUUGGACAUCAAGGAGCUGCAGAAGUUCGUGGAAGAGCAGGAGCGUCUCCUCUUGGGGCGGCUGGAAAAGCUGGACCAGGAAAUUGUGAGGAGAAAAGAGGAAAACUUGGCCAAGAUCCUGGAGGAGAUUUCCUCCAUCAGUGAGCAGAUCCGUGAGCUGGAGGAGAAAUGCCAGCAGCCACCGUGUGAAUUCCUACAGGACAGCAGGAACAUCUUGAGCAGGCUGGAGAAUGAGAAAUCCCAGAAGGUGGCAGAGAUCUUGCCUGGAGCAGAAGAAAACCCAACCAGCCCUGCUCAGAAAAACACCUCCCUCAAGGAGACACUGAUGCAGUUUCGAGAAAAUCUGACGUUGGAUCCCGACACGGCACAUCCCCGGCUGGUCCUGUCUGAAGACCAGAAAUGUGUGCGAUGGGAAGAAGCCCGGCACCCCAUCCCUGACAACCCCAAACGCUUCGAUUCGUCCCGCUGCAUCCUGGGCUGCCAAGGCUUCAACUCUGGGCGGCACUACUGGGAGGUGGAGGUGGGAGAUGGGGAAGCGUGGGCUGUCGGUGUGGCCAAGGAGUCAGUGGAGAGGAAGGGGAGGAUCAGCGUCAAACCCGAGGUGGGGAUUUGGGCUGUGGGGCAAUGUGGGGCACAGUAUCAGGCUCUCACAUCGCCCACCAGCCCCAUCACGCUGCUCUCUGCCCCCAAAGUGAUUGGGAUUUAUCUGGAUUACGAGGCCGGGCGAGUGGCGUUUUUCGAUGCCAACAACGAGGUGCCCAUUUUUGCCUACCCUCCUACGUCUUUUGGAGGGGAGAGGGUCCUUCCAUUGCUCUGCCUGGGGAGGGGCUGCUGCUUCACGUUGUGCCCGUGAGACCCCAUGGGGCAGCAACGCCUCGAGCAUCACUCAGUCAAAUGUGGGGAAACCAAAGGGUCUCAUCACCCCAAAUGUGG